CGAAAAAUCUCGGCGGAUCUGCGAGUCACGAUAGGAGCUGCCUGAGAACAGCUGAGCGAAUGUACACAAUGGAAUCCCACGAGCACUAGAGAAUCCAAUGAUUCAGGAGCGUGAUUUGUAGGAGAAAAGCCCUGCGCUACCGAUUUUCUUUGAUUGCCCUUAAUAUAAAACAUAAUUUGGUUUUAUACAACUCCAGAAAUGAUACUUCGAUUUGUUAAAUUUAAAAGUAGCAUGACUUUUAAAAUAUACAAAAUCAUGGUUGGAGUAUUUUUGGUGUGAAGUGUGGUUGGUAAAGCCGCAUGGCUUGCGGUACGUUACGGUACAUUCAUAUUCUUGACUUUACUUCGUUUGAAUGCUAAUGUAAAAUCAAUUACAUCUCUUGAAAAAAUAGAGUGACAAGUAUCUUUAAAUACGGUAAAAUGCUGAGCCUUCGAAUUCUAUCCAGGAACAUCGUUGCCUAUUCUGCGGUCUCUUCGCAAAGAUUGCACACCUCUGUUAAACUUUUGGAGUCUUCAGGUUCAUCCUCUUCUUCAUCAUCUGAUUCUGAUUCAGACAAUGAACAACCUAAAACUAAAACUGCACCUGUUGAAACAGCAAAGAAAACUAUAGAAGAAAGUCAACAAGAUACUACUGAUAUGUUGAACAAUUUAUUGUUGUCAAUGACACAGAAACCAAAAAUAUCAAAGACUAUAGAUGUUUCACCAAAGAUUAAAAAGCCUAAAGCUGUAAAAGAUGUAGCACCCAGACAAACUAAAACGGAUGACUAUGAGGGUGAAUUAAUCGGAGCUGCAAAAAAGGUAGCAGAAUCGCUUCAGGGUGAUAGAGAAAAGACCGAAGCAGAAUUAUUAGGUAAACUCCUGCAGUCAACUUCUACCGAUGAAAGUUCAGAGGGAAAGUCAGAAAAAAUUGAUGAGUCCAUCAGCCUCAAUGAUUUAAUAGCAAGAAUGAAAGUAGAUCGAACCCCAAGGAAAAUGCCCCAAAUGUUCAGUAGAGAUGUAUCUCGAUCUACUAGUUAUACAAAUAAGAUGCAGUCUGUAAGCAGUGAACUUAGAAAUCUUCACAAAAAAAGAGAACCUUUUCGUUUCAGUCGCAAGAUGCAACCAGAAGGAGGUAAUCUAAGAGCUGGCGAACCAAUGAAUAUAUUCAUUAACGCUGCAUCAUCUUUAGCCCCUGAAGUUCCUCAAUUGUCUACGUGGGAAAUAUUAGCAGAAGAAGAUAAAAAGCUAUCUAUUACUCAUCCUCCGGAAAACAUUUUCCAGGAACUCAUCCUCUGGACGGAACAAAGAAAAUUAUGGAAAUUCCCCAUUGAUAAUGAACAAGGACUGGAAGAAGAACAGAACGUCCACUUCAGUGAGCACGUGUUUACACAACGUCAUCUAGAGGGUUGGUGUCCAAAAAAAGGGCCCAUUCGUCAUUUCAUGGAAUUAGUAUGCGUGGGUCUAUCAAAGAAUCCUUACUUGACAGCCGAGGAAAAGAAAAAUCAUGUUUUGUGGUACAAGGACUAUUUUGCUAGUAAGCAGGAAUUGCUUCUGGAGCUUAAUGCCAUCCAAGGCCCCAUUCCAACUUCUAGCUCAGAAGAAAAUCAGAUAGAAUCACAAUAGAAUGUACAUAAAGUAUAGAAUAAAUAUUUAAAUAAGAUAA